AGCACACGUUGCUGCCCACCAGAAUCCAUGCCACCACCUCUCCUGCAGUGUCUCUGGCAAUACCCAGGCAGCUCCUCUGCCUAUGCCAUCCAAGGUUCAUGAAUUUGAUCCAUGGGGCUGACUGCACACCAGGAGUUAACGAUUAAUGAUCUGUUGUUGAGAGGCUGUGCCCAACGCCCCUCCGUUGAACCUGUGAGACUUUCAUCCUGCUCAGCCUCUCUGGCUGAUAGACUGGUCGGACAAAGGCAGGAGGAAGAAGUGCCUUGCCAUGGCAGCAGCCUUGGAGCAGUACUGUGGCUCAGUUUUCUGGAACUCCUCUUUCCUGGACCGGAAUGAUGCCGACCUGCCACUCUGCUUUGAACAGACUGUUCUGGUCUGGAUCCCCCUGGGCUUCCUCUGGCUCUUUGGCCCAGUGCAGCUUCUCCACAUCUGCACAUCCAGGAUGAAGAAAUCAUCUGUCACAAGAGUUUACCUUAUUAAACAGGUGCUGGCUGCGCUGCUCUUACUGAUGGCCCUUGCUGAAGUGUUUUUCACUGUUGCCGAAGACCUCGGAAACCUCCCGCACUCAACCCCUGUUAGCCGAAACCCAAUUGUCCAGUACUUGAAUCCAGCACUCUACUUCAUUAGUUGGUUGCUCGUUCUGCUGAUCCAUGACAGCCGCCGCUUCACUGUCCGCAGAGACUCGGGGACUCUCUUCAUCUUCCUCCUCCUUUCUGUGCUCUGUGGUGUAUUUCAGCUCCAGACUCUCAUCCGGCAAGCAAUACAGGGCUCCAUCACUGAUGUGCCACGUUUUAGCUUCUUCCUUGUCUCCUAUGGGCUUCAACUUAUUUUGUUCUUCAUCUCUAUUGUUUCCGACGUUGCCCCUGAAAUGAAGGAAGCUGCAAAGAAAAACCCAGAGAUUGUGGCCUCUUUCCUGAGCUUCCUCACUUUCCAGUGGUACAGCAGGAUGGUGCUCAAGGGCUAUCGCAAGCCGCUAGAAAUUGAUGACCUCUGGGACUUGAAGGAAGAACAUAAGACGGGGAAAAUUUUAGGCUCACUUGAGAAGAACAUGGCAGCUGGAAUAAAAAAUGCUUACCGGAAACUGGAGAUCCGGCAACGGAAGAGGAAACUUCAUUCAGCAGCUACUGACCAGCACAUGAAUGGCUUGAGCAAAGCCCAGAGUCAGGAUGCAUUGGUUUUGGAAGAGAAAAAGGAAAAAGGCAAGAAGGAGGCAGACAAGAAAGACUCUCGUGGUGACUACGCGAAGAGCUGGCUGAUGGCUUCUAUAUUCCGAACCUUUACUGGGAACCUUAUGAAAUCAGUGGCACUCAAGGUAGUGCAAGACCUCCUGGUGUUUGUGAGCCCUCAGCUACUGAAGCUGAUGAUCUCCUUUGUGUCAGACCCAAAUGCCUACCUUUGGCAUGGCUACCUCUAUGCAGUGCUGCUGUUUCUGACCGCACUGGUGCAAUCCAUCUGCCUCCAGCAGUAUUUCCAACUCUGCUUUGAACUCGGCAUGCUCGUACGCACUGCUCUUAUGGCUGCCAUCUACAAGAAGGCCCUUACUGUUUCCAAUGCCACACGGAAGGAAUCCACGGUGGGCGAGACGGUGAAUCUGAUGUCCGCGGAUGCCCAGCGCUUCAUGGACUUCACAAACAUGAUGCACCAGCUGUGGUCGGCUCCCCUGCAGAUUGUGCUGUCUAUAGUGUUUCUGUGGCUGGAGCUCGGCCCCUCUGUGCUCGCUGGGAUUGCUGUCAUGGUCCUGCUUAUCCCCAUCAAUGCUGUGCUGGUCACAAAGGCCAGAGCCAUCCAGGUGAAGAACAUGAAGCACAAGGAUGAGCGCAUGAAAAUAAUGAAUGAAAUUCUCAGCGGCAUCAAGAUCCUGAAGCUGUUUGCCUGGGAGCCGUCAUUUGAGAAACGAGUCGGAGGUAUCCGGGCACAGGAGCUGAAGAGGCUGCUGCGCUUUGCCUACCUGCAAUCCAUCUCCAUCUUCCUCUUCGCCUGUGCUCCUUUCAUAGUCUCUGUGGUAACAUUUGCUGUGUUUGUGAUGGUUGAUGAAAACAAUGUUUUGGAUGCGCAGAAAGCCUUCACUUCUAUCUCUCUGUUCAACGUCCUGCGCUUCCCUCUGGGCUUCCUGCCAUUGACAUUGUCCUCCCUGGUACAGGUCAAUGUAUCUACUGAACGGCUGGAGCGCUACCUGGGCAGUGAAGACCUGAACACUUCAGCCAUAUGUCAUGAACCGAGCCCUGGCUGUGCUGUGACUUUCUCUGAGGCCUCCUUUGCUUGGGAACAAAAUUCAGAUGCCACCAUUAGAGACAUAAACUUGAAAAUUCCAAAUGGGCACCUGUUGGCCAUUGUAGGACCUGUGGGAUCAGGCAAAUCCUCGCUGGUGUCAGCCAUGUUGGGAGAGAUGGAGAACAUCAAAGGACAUAUCAAUGUUCAGGGCUCCAUAGCCUAUGUGUCUCAGCAAGCAUGGAUCCAGAAUGCCACACUGAAGGACAACAUCCUUUUUGGGUCACCCUUUGAUGAGGCCCGAUACCAACAGGUCAUAGAUGCUUGUGCUCUUCUCCCAAACCUGCAGCUGCUGCCAGGAGGAGACCUUACUGAGAUUGGAGAGAAGGGCAUUAACCUUAGUGGAGGCCAGAAGCAGCGUGUCAGCCUGGCCAGAGCUGUAUACAACAACGCAGACAUUUACUUGCUGGAUGACCCCCUGUCGGCUGUGGAUUCCCAUGUAGGACGACACAUUUUUGACCAAGUGCUGGGGCCACAGGGGCUGCUGCAGCAUAAGACCCGGAUCCUGGUGACUCAUAGCUUAAGCUUCCUGGCCCAAGUGGAUGACAUUGUGGUGCUGGUGGCUGGAGCUGUUUCCGAACAGGGUUCUUACAGCACCUUACUGGCUAAUGGUAAAGCAUUUGCUCAGCUGCUCAACACAUAUGGAAACCAACAGGAAAACAGUCCUGAAGAGGAAGCUACAGUGGGGAUGGAAGAGGACCUAGAACUGGAUGGGGACACUGAACCUGGAGCUGAGGAGGUACCAACUGAUGUGGUGACCAUGUCCCAGAAGAGUGAGGCCAGUGUCCACCAAAAGGACUUCAUCCGCAGCCUUAGUAACAGCAGUCACAAGUCACUCACGAUGUCACAGCGAAUGAAGUUGAAGGAGAAGAAGCCAGUGACUGAGAUAAAAGGACAGAGGCUGAUUGACAAGGAGGCCAUGGAAACCGGCAAGGUGAAGUUCAGCAUGUAUCUGCAAUACCUCCGUGCUGUUGGCUGGUGCCUGUCAACAAUGGUCUUGCUUGCCUACAUAGGGCAAGCUGUAGCCACGAUUGGCUCCAACCUGUGGCUUAGUGAGUGGACAAAUGAUGCUGCAAAGUACGCGAACCAGACCUACCCAGCUUCUCAACGUGACCUGCGUAUUGGAAUCUAUGGGGCAUUGGGUGCUGGCCAGUCUCUAUUCCUGCUGACUUCAGCCCUUCUUGCUGCCCACGGUGCUGUCCGGGCCUCCCGGGUCCUACACGAGCGGCUGCUGUCCAACAUCCUGCGUGUGCCCAUGAGCUUCUUUGACACAACGCCAACAGGCCGCAUCGUGAACAGGUUUGCCAAGGACAUUUUCACUGUGGAUGAGAGCAUUCCCAUGUCAUUCCGCUCCUGGAUUAACUGCUUGUUGGGGAUUUUCAGCACUCUGUUUAUAAUCUGUCUGGCCACACCUUAUUUUGCAAUUGUCAUGCUGCCUCUGGGUAUCAUAUACUACUUUCUUCAGCGGUUCUAUGUGGCCACCUCCCGCCAGCUGCGGCGUUUGGACUCAGUCACUCGGUCUCCCAUCUAUUCCCACUUCAGCGAAACAGUGUCGGGCCUCUCUGUUAUCCGGGCCUACGGGCACCAGGAACGCUUCCUGAAACACAACGAGGAGCUUGUGGACAUCAACCAGAAGUCUGUGUACUCUUGGAUCGUUUCCAACAGGUGGCUGGCUGUGCGCCUAGAAUUUGUGGGGAACCUGGUGGUUUUCUUUGCAGCGCUACUGGCAGUCUUUGCUAAGGAUACUUUGGACAGUGGCAUUGUGGGACUCUCUGUCUCCUCAGCUCUCAAUAUCACCCAAACAUUGAACUGGCUGGUGCGGAUGACUUCGGAGCUGGAGACCAACAUUGUGGCUGUGGAGAGAGUGCAUGAAUACACACAUGUGGAAAAUGAGGCACCAUGGGUAACAGCCCAGAGACCACCUUCUGGCUGGCCCAACAAUGGAGAGAUAAGAUUUAUAGACUAUCAAGUGCGGUAUCGGCCUGGGCUGGAGCUGGUUCUCGAUGGGAUCAAGUGUGAGAUCCAGAGCAGAGAGAAGGUUGGUGUCGUGGGCCGAACCGGGGCUGGGAAAUCCUCGCUCACCAACUGCCUCUUUCGCAUCCUGGAGGCAGCUGGAGGCAAAAUCCUUAUUGAUGGGCUUGACAUAGCAACGCUUGGACUUCAUGAUCUGCGCCGGAACAUCACCAUCAUCCCACAGGAUCCUGUUCUUUUCUCGGGGAGCUUGCGCAUGAACCUGGACCCAUUUGACCAGCACUCGGAUGAAGAAGUCUGGCAUGCUCUGGAGCUGGCACACUUGAAGUCUUAUGUACACAGCCUGCCUGAAGGACUGUCGCAUCUAGUGAGCGAAGCAGGAGACAACCUGAGCGUGGGGCAAAGGCAACUUGUCUGUCUGGCACGGGCCCUCCUCCGGAAAUCCAAAAUCCUGAUUCUGGAUGAGGCCACGGCAGCUGUGGAUAUGGAGACUGACUACCUGAUCCAAGAGACAAUCCGGAGCGAGUUUGCAGACUGCACUGUGCUCACCAUUGCCCAUCGGUUGCACACCAUUAUGGACAGCCACAGGGUGAUGGUGCUUCAGGCGGGAAGGAUUGUGGAGUUUGACAGCCCUGAUCAUCUGCUUAAACAGCAAAGCAUCUUUGCAGCAAUGGCCAAGGAUGCUGGAAUUGUAGGAAGCCAGAACACUGCCAUGUAGAGGCAAGGGCAGCAAGACCAAGGCCAGCUUCACGCA